AUGGCUUAUGGAGACCGAACUAAUCAAAUGUUUAUUUCAUUUGUGACCAAUUCUAAUCAAACAACGCCUCAAUGUCAAUAUGGACUAGAUCCAUCAUCUUUGGGAUUUCACGCAAAUGCAACAACAACUACUUAUACAGCAUUGAACAUGUGUGAAGGUCCAGGAAACAUUCCAGGUCCACAAACAUUUAUCGAUCCUGGUUACAUGCACACCAUUCUUCUCAAUGAUCUUCGUCUGUCGACUACGUAUUACUACCGAGUAGGUAGUAACGAACAUGGUUGGUCAUCUCUGCUGACGUUCACUAAUCGUCCAUCGAGUAGUGAUGAAGAUGUCACUCUCAUUGCGUAUGGUAACAUGGGUGUAUCGAUGCCUCAAUCAGGUGCCAAAGCUAACAUCGCACGAAUAUUGGCACAAGUAUUGUCAGGCCGUAUAACAUUUGUGUUACAUCUCGGUGAUAUCAGCUAUGCAAUAGGUACUGGUACACAAUGGGAUGCAUUUAUGAGUCAAAUGGAACCAAUUACAAGUCGUGUUCCAUACAUGAUUGCAAUAGGAAAUCAUGAAUAUGAUCAUGUUACCGGAGGAGACAAAGAUCCAAGUGGAGCGCCGGGUGAUGGAGGAUUUCAACCCAAAUGGGGAAAUUAUGGUUAUGACUCGGGCGGUGAAUGUGCCGUUCCCGUGGUUCACCGAUUUCAUUCUCCAUCGAAUGGUAAUGGUCUCUUUUGGUACAGCUUCGAUGUAGGUCCAAUGCACAUUGUUAUUUAUUCGAGUGAGCAUGAUUUUCGUCGAUCAUCACCACAAUAUGCUUGGUUCGAACAAGAACUUCGUUCAGUAAAUCGUUCUCGCACUCCAUGGCUCAUUGUUGGUUCACAUCGACCUAUGUAUACAUCGCGUGAUCAUGCUGAGUUAAUUAAAAUCAUAUUACAACUCUAUUUGGAGCCUUUGAUGUACAAAUAUCAUGUUGAUCUCAAUUUAUUUGCACACAUCCAUGCAUACGAACGAACAUGUCCAAUGUAUCAACAACGAUGUGUUGACGAUGGCAUAACGCACGUGUUGAUUGGUAUGGGUGGACGUUCUUUGUCGAAUGAUUCUUAUUCUGGUGCGGAAUGGAGUCUUUAUCAUGAUAUUACAUAUGGUUAUUCGCAAAUCUGGGCUAAUCGAACUCAUCUUAAUUUUAACUAUUAUCAUACAGACAAUGAUACACUGGCGGAUCAUUUUCAACUCAAGAAAUAUUAA